AUGGUUCGUCGCAGAGGACGGCAGGCUGGUCGGCUCGCCGCGUCAUCAGAAGUCCCAAAUGUAUACCGGGAAAUGCUUGCCGAAGCUUCUGUAUCACCAACCCGUAGUGAUCAAGAUGGCCGUUCCGUCAAAAAACGGCGUGUCGCCGGUCGAGUUGUUGCUACCGUGAAUAACACAGUUGUGAAUGACGAGACAAAGAUAGAGGAUAUCAAGCCUCAAGAAUCGAACGAUUCUGACUUGGAAGACCAAUUUGAAGAUGUAGACUUGGCGCGACAAACAUUCGUCCGAAGUGAAUCCGAAGACUCGGCAGACAGCGACACUAAUUGGGAGGAGGUCGAUGAUGAGGAGAAGAAUCAAGCGCUGCCAGAGAAAGACGGACCUCAAGCUCUCAACUUGACACUUGAGGCUAGUGGGAGACCUGAAAGGCCGAAACGAAAGACAGUUGGCGCGACUGAAAAGAAAUUACGGCUUGAGAUUCACAAGAUGUAUCUAUGCAGUUUAUUCGCUCACCUGCACCUUCGCAACCAUUGGUGUAAUGAUGACGACGUCCACGCAAGUAAUCGCUAA